AUGACUACUGUUAGCUGGACGGUAGAUCUUGAUAAAAAAGAGCACAAAAACUGGAUAUUGGUUGGAUGUGCCUUAAACAUAACCAAAAAUGGAAUAACACAGUUAAUCCAAGGGAAAAUGGUGGCUUGGUACCAGUUUAUCAAAUCUAACCCUCCUCUACAAGCACUUCCCCCAUGUAUCUGUACGCGUCACUCUUCCAAGUGUGCCACUUGUAGCAUGUGGAAGAAGGAGCUGGAGCGCCUCCACAAGUCCCCACGACCAAAGAUUUGUUGGGACAACAGUGAUAGACAACAGUGGGGCUCUGCGACAGGGGCAUGGGAGAUAGCUAAAGUUUUCAUGCCAACCCUUGGAACUCGUAAAGGGGACAUCACUGAUGCCAACACGACAGACAUCGGGGGACUUUUAAACCUGUUAGAGUGGUGCCCUUUUAUCAAUCCUCCAGUCAGUCGUGCAGUUUUGCGCUCAGUGCGGGACGAGGGUAGAAAUCGCUGGGCCCAUUCUCCAAAGCAAGAACUCAAAGAUGCAGAUGUCAAAACCAUACUUGGGCAUCUCAAUGGCCUUCUAAAUGACCAAGUGUUUCGUGCUGACAAGGCAGCCCAAGACUCUUCCAAAAACCUGCAAGAUUUGUUCCGUCAUGGUCUUCUAACCGUCAGGGAGUCCGAAGUUGAGGCCCUUUAUUUGCUUCGGCAGUCGUUAGUUACCGACCUAAUAAAGUUCAAGGAUGACUUAUCUGAGGUACAGGAACAAGUUGAUUUAAAAGGAGAAGAAAUUGCAAACGUGAGGGAGAAGCAAAUGGUACUGAGAACAGAGCUACAUGAAGAUCGAAAUAGAGUUACUGACCUAGAUGCCAAGAUAAGAAGAGCAGAAGAAUUAUCAGGGAAAGAGACAUACAAUCUGAAAGAACAAGCUCGAUUGCAUGGAGAAGAAAUUGCAAAAAUUCAAGAGCAGCGGAAUAACGUAGUGGAAGAAGUUUCAGACCUUAAAGCAAAAAUGUCCACGAUACAGACAGCUGUAGAAAGUUUCAAUAUGUCACUUAAAGAGCGUGAUGAUUUGCAAGGUGCCUUAGAUGUCAUUAGCGAGGAUCUGGACGAUGUAAAAAGUUGUAUGUGUAACGUCGUAAUGGAACUAAACACCACACAAAGUAAAGUUGCCACAUUGGAUCAAAUCUGAAGUAAAGGAAAUGACAAGUGAAGUAGAAACGCUAAAGGCGAAAUUUCAACCAGGACAGAGUGGAGACAGUAAGAACGCAAUUUGUGCUGCGCCACAGAAACUACAAGAGUUCACUGGUCGUGAGAACGCUCUUGUCUGGUUAAAAAAAAAUUUAGUCCGGGAUCAGAAUUCUGAAAGUCCACCAAAAACAUCAUGCUGCACCAAAACAAUUUGUGGCCUCGGAGGAUGUGGCAAGACCUCACUGGCUGUAGAAUUUGCUUGGAGAUGGAUGAAUCACUUCACAGGUGGAGUGUUCUGGGUUAAUGGGGAAAGUGAUGAAAAUGUAAGUAAAUCAGUUGCCGAGAACCUUGCGCUCUUAAAUGUGGCUGCGUCCACAAGAGAAAACGUUGAUGACUCCCUAAACAGAUUUCUGACUCUACUGUCCUAUGAAAGUCGCCCAUGGCUUCUCGUAGUGGACAACGCAGAUGACUUAAGAAGUCCAACAUGUCCUACAGGUGUAAAGAAAAUAUGCAAAGGGCCUUGGCAAAGAAAUGCAAGAGCGCCCAAGAAUGGACACAUACUGCUUACAACAAGAAAAAAUGCAAAAGACACCGCAACAUUCUUGAGGCUGUCCCCUACUAACUGCUUAGAGCUGCAGUGCUUCAGUGAAGAAGAAGGUGCCUUGUUCCUAAUUCGAAGAACAGGAAUUGAAGGGGAAUCACUUUACCAGGGAGCAAUUGAUUUGGCAAAAGAAUUAGGGGGUCUUCCAUUAGCCCUCGAGCAAGCAGCAGCUUACCUAUCUGCUCUUCCUAUUUCUAUUACCUUCAAAGAUUACCUUGACAAGUAUCGUCAUGUAAAGCUCCGACUUCUACAGCAGAAGUCGGUCACUGCCCUAAGUGUAGAAGCACAGCAUCGUCUCUCUGUACACACCACGUGGGAGAUGAAUUUUUCAUUCGUAAUCGAAAAAUCACCCGCUGCCGCCACCAUGAUGCGCAUUGCAUCCUUUCUGACGUCUGAAAGUAUUCCUCUAGACGUCAUAAAUCCUGGGCUGCCUGCUCUAAAUCAAGUAGAGUUGAGAGACGCUGCGCGUUCUGAGAUUGACACUGCUCACAUCCUCGAGGUACUGACCUGUUACUCUCUUUUCUCGGUGGAUCAGCGUAACAGGGUAUUUGGUGUUCACAAACUUGUUCAAGAGGUGGUUCGAGAUAGCCUAACCCCAUCACUAAAGGAAGAGACUUUGGUGGCAGCCAUGCGCGUUAUUCACUGUGCUUUAACCAAGAGAAGUGAAAAUUGUGCAAAUGUAACACUAAAUAACGACACGAGAGACUUGUUGGAGAUGAAGGAAGAGGACAAAAAUAUCCUCAUUACCCUCUUAUUCAAUUUCAGGCAGGUGAAGGAUCAUUUAAAGACACAGAUCGAGUCUUCAAAGGGAAGCUUCGUCCGUGUCCUAUACAGAGAUAAGACCUUCUCUCGAUUGUGUUGGUUUGUAGACCGCUUGCUGGGGUGGACAUAUCCUUUUAUAGACUGA